CAGUUCAAAACCAAAACCAGAGGUAUUGGCAUUAAAAAUGGGUCUCUGCUUCUCCGGUGUUCAAUCACUCCAUUCCUCUAGACUCAACCGCCCUCACUAUCCAGGUGCAUCAGAUAUUCACGGCAGCAACUUCGAAUUCUCCGAAACCACCACAGCCACCGAGAUCAGAAAGAGUCAGUUUAACGUGAGAGAAACCAUCUACAGCGAUUGCUCUCCUCUUCCUUUUUCCCAUGGCCAAAUUCUGAAAUGGCCCGAGUUGAAGGUGUUCAGUUUUGAGGAGCUGAAAUCUGCCACAGGGAAUUUUAAAUCCGACAGAUUGCUCGGUGAAGGUGGGUUUGGCAGAGUUUACAAGGCAUGGUUGGAUGAGAACACCCUCACCCCCGCCAAACCAGGCUCUGGAGUUGAAGUUGCCAUCAAAAUGUUCAAACCGGGAGGUACUCAAGGGUUUGCACAAUGGCAGUCUGAGGUAAAUGUUUUAGGAAAGCUUUCUCACCCCAACGUGGUUAGGUUAUUGGGGUACUGUUGGGACGAGGAUCAGUUUCUUCUUGUGUAUGAGUUCAUGCCAAACGGAAGCUUCUACUAUCAUCUCUCCGAAAGAAAUCAUGAACCACUUUCGUGGAACACCCGGCUUAAAAUAAUUAUCGGUGCAGCUCGGGGAUUAUCUUUCUUGCAUGCCAACGAAAAUAAGAUCAUAUUCAGAGAUUUCAAGAGCUCAAAUAUACUGCUCGACAGGAAUUACAAUGCAAAAAUAGCAGACUUUGGGUUAGCUAGAUUGGGACCAUCUGAGGGAGAAUCACAUGUAAGUACCAAGGUCGUGGGCACCCUUGGUUAUCUUGACCCAGAAUAUUACCUAACAGGGCAGGUGAAUGUGAAGAGUGAUGUGUAUGGAUUUGGUGUAGUGCUUCUUGAAAUACUAACAGGCAUGAAGGCACAUGACACAAGAAGGCCAACAGGGCAGCAGAACCUAGUUCGAUGGAGCAAGCCCUGUCUCUCUUCCGAAAAAAAGUUGAAAACAAUUAUGGAUGGUAAGAUAGAGGGUCAAUAUUCACCCAAAGCUGCAUUACAAGCAGCACAACUUGCUCUAAAAUGUCUAGAGGAUGAUUCUAAUCAACGUCCUUCAAUGAAAGAAGUUCUUGAGGGAUUGGAAGCCAUUGAAGAUAACCAUUGAAGAUACCCAACUUAUAUUUGUAUUUUUUUUUCUUUCUUAAUUUUUUCUAGAUUGGUUUCAAGUUUAAAAGACAAAAUGUUCUUUAUUUAAAAAAA